CUGCGGCAGGGCACGAAGCGAUACGGUAUCUCGAGUUCUGCAUUGAAAAAGGAGAGCACAAGGAACAGGCUAUACAUAACUAUUUGUUAUCGUUGUAUGCUAAAUUAAAGCCAGAACAAUUGAUGACUUAUCUGCAAUUUCAAGGCGAAGACCCGGAAAAGGUGUGCUACGACCUCAAGUACGCGCUGCGGCUGUGCACCGAGCACGGCCACCAGAGGGCGUGCGUCUUCAUCUACACGACGAUGGGCCUGCACGAGGAGGCGGUCGACCUCGCGCUCAAGGUCGACGUCGAGCUCGCCAAGGUCAGCGCCGAUCGUCCGGAGGCGGACGAGCCGCUGCGCAAGAAGCUGUGGCUGCGCAUCGCGCGCUGCGUCGUCGAGCAGGAGGGCGACAUCGGCGCGACGAUGCGCUUCCUGCGCGAGUGCGACCUCAUCAAGGUCGAGGACGUGUUGCCGUUCUUCCCCGACUUCGUCACGAUCGACCACUUCAAGGAUGCGAUCUGCGCGUCGCUCGGCGCCUACAACCGCCACAUUGAGGCGCUGCGCUGCGAGAUGGACGAGGCGGCGGCGGCGGCGCGCGAGGCCCGCGCCGACGCGCAGGCGUUCCGCGACCGCUACGCGCUUGUGCGCGGCGCCGACAAGUGCGCGGCGUGCGCGUACCCGAUCCUCACGCGCGCAUUCUACCUGUUUCCAUGCCGGCACGCGUUCCACGCCGACUGCCUGCUCGCCGAGCUGCGGCCCUACCUGUCGGCGACAAAGCGGCAGCGCGUCGACGACCUCAGCUCGCGGCUGUCGACCAAUCGCGAGCCGGAGACUGGGUCAACGGGGUCGCCGGCGGCGUCCGGUGCGCUGCAGACAAGGCAGGACCACGUGAAGGCAGAGCUUGACGAGUUGUUGGCGGACGAGUGCCUGUACUGCGGCAACAGGAUGAUACGCUCGAUUAGCAAGCCCUUCAUCGAGGCCGAGGGAUACGAGAGUGAGAUGCAGAGCUGGGUGUAGGAGUGCGGGGGAGUCCGCACGUCGAGGCUGAGGAGUAGAAAGCGAAGCUAGGAGAGAGAGAGAGAGAGAGAGAGAGAGAAAGAGAGAGAGAGA